UUAUUAUUUUGUUAAAUUAGUCUUUUUGAAAAAGUAGCGAUUCUUUUUGAAAAAGUAGCGAUUAAUUUGUGGAAAACAGCUACACUGUUUAAUUCUGAAUAUUAUAUUUUAUUCUGGUGCGCUUAUCGUUUUCUCAGAGUUUAGGCUUCAGUGUAACAGUAGCCUAGACUAUUCAGCAACUCAAACAUACCAAACCAACAAUUACCAAAAACAAACAAAAACAGAUUUUGCACGGCCAUUACACUAGUAUACAUAAAACUCAUGAUUCAUGAGUGCCAAAAUCUGUUGCUUGGCAACAGCAGCUCAUGAAAUGUUGCAUUUGCGAAGGAUCUUGCAUUUCUGGCUUUUUAUGACCUCAGCGGGGGAAGAAAAUUGCGACAGAGAUGCAGAAAGAUAGAAUAACUUCAAAGAGAACAAGAGACGGAAAUGUGUAUGAGUGUGUGUGGGGCAGGCAGUCAACUCUGCUUUCCUACAAACUAUCUGAUGGAUCAAGCUGUGUUGCUACAGGCAACACACAGAGGGAGGGAACAGGGAAUGAUUAAGCAGUGAUGGUUAAAAAAAAAUUUCAUUGCCUGAGCUGACAUAGACAUCUGUAGGGACGUCACGACAGAGAGGGGGAAAGAGAGGAUGCUGAGUGGGCAGGAAUACAGAGGGCGAGCAUCCAAUCGGCUGCGGCAAAGUCAGCGUGUCUUUGUCCAAUAGAGUGUGACGAGGCUCCUCCAGUGUGAGCUAACAGCGCUGGUGGCUGGUGUCUUAUUAAUGAAUGGAGCGUCUCACUUGCAGCAAAACGGUGCUUGAGCUCUCUCUCCCUCGACGGAGAAGGCAGCACAAACAGAAUAGUAAGAGCACUUCGCACCUCGACAGAAAACAACUGCAGCAGCCGUGCGCAAAUAUGAACAAGCACCAGCAUGAGGAUGAGAACUCGGACAGCGAUGCGGAGCAGGAUUCUUCUCUACCGUCUACGAUGGAUGUCCACCCUUCUUCUUCCUCAUCCAACCUCCUCCUGCCCUCAUCUUCUCAGCGGAGAUCCAUCUCCAUGGGGGACUUUCGGAGACUCCCUGCUGGACAGACAGGCUCCGAGCCCCCCUCUGCAAGUGCCACGGCACCCUCGUCCAAGCUGGUUACCCCCAGCUCAAGUAUGGAGUUCGAGGCAGCUCGUCGACGCCUCCUGGAGGUGGAGGAGCGCCAGCGUGUCAUCAGAGAGAUGGAGAGACGACUGGAAGAGCUGAGGGAGGUGUUUGUGCGCUCCGAGCAGGAGGCGGUGGAACACGGGGAGCUGGUGGCGCGCAUUACUGCUGCCGCCCAGCAGGGCGAACUAUACGUGGCGGAAAACGGACAGCGGCUGAAAAAAGGAUUGCGGUUUAAACGGCACAAACCCACCAUUGUCUUCUCCUCCAUGCUGGGGCUAAGAACGUGCCUCCCUUGGCCUGUCAAACUAAAAUAGCGACUAAACAGCCGCUGCUUACUUGCAAGAUGGUCCUUCACUGCUCACACGUCACAACUCAAACGCUAUCUCCAGAUACAAGGAUGUCCAAUUCUCAUUUUCUACUCCCUGUUAGUCAGGAAAUGCUGAAACGUCUGCUGUCUGUAAAUAUCGUCAACUGGGAUCUUAGGUGGUGCUUAAUUUGAGCCCAUCGAAAUGACGCUGGCCUCGUAUUUGCUGCUUGAACCAACCAAGACGCUGGGGAUUUGCUUUAAUGUGUGUGAACUUUGCUGAUGUUUAGAGCUCUGUGCAUGCGUUACACUUCAUGUCGCUUGCUGUGCGUGAACGUGAGAAUGUCAGAGAGGAGACACAAGAGUGCUAUUCAUCCAGAAGAACUCACUUCUUCCAACUGCAGUAAGGUGAAGCGUUUAGGCUAAAGGUCUGUUCACACCAAUAACAAUACCUACAACUAACUAUAUAUGUGCCCACACCAAUGGAUGUUAAAGGUACAGUAAGCGAUUUUUGAGAAGUGCUGUUGAGAGUGGACAGAGCAGCUUGUAGCCAAUCAGCAGGGGGCGUAUACACUCAUUAGGGGGGAGGUGCCUGUGUCGCAUAAACGUGUUCAGGGAUUUGGUGGUGAAGCUAUCAAGAUAGGGGUGUGUCCUUUUGGGUAAGGGUGUAUUUGUUUUGGUGAUUUCAAAUAUCAGUGUUUCUCAGAAAUCGCUUACUAAAUAACAUCUCGUUUAUGAUAAGCACAUAAAGAGCUCUUUAAAGUCGUCUGGAUUCUGAUUUGCUGAAAAAAAAUCACUCUUAAGGUGAUUCCAAUUAUAUUGUUCCUGUGUGAUGUAAUCGUUUUAGCUUUGGUGUGGACUUCAUUGCUAUAGUUAUUUUAUCAUCCUUGGUGUGAACAGUUCUUAAAGUGCCAAGGGACAGAUGAAUUGUACGUGUCUGUACGAUUUGUGCACAGAUACUGGGGACAUGCGCUUUGGUCCUCCAGUGUUCUCGUCUUUUACGUCUAGGGUGCCCACUGGGCUUGUGUGGACGGAGAAGAGCAGUGAUUUCUCUCUCUAUUCUCUGUCAGCAUUGCAUCUGUGGCCUCUCUGGUCCUUUUGUCGCCUAGCAACCAGGACCUGACUUUCAUUUCCUUCAGAAUGUAUUUGACAUCAACUGAUCAUACAAAACUACAGCUCAUGAAUGACUGGCAAAGGACAUUUUGAGAUUCUUGCUGUGUGAUUACAUUCUCUGCAGAACGCUACUUAGAAUGCAUUCAAAUAUGUGAGCAGAAAGAUUAUGGAUGUGUCCGAAGUCAGUGACAUCAAAGGCAAUGUUUAUAUAUAUAUAUAUAUAUAUAUAUAAAUAAUGGGACAUGCCAAGGGUUUCAGUCUAAAGCAUCAUUUCAUAUGAAAUGAUCAAGAACAAAUUCUUGUGAUCUUGUGAGAGAUAACCAAACAAAUAUUUAAUGUCUACAAAUGCCUAUUGCUUGCCAGAAAAGUCAUACGUUAUGAAUGUACCUUCAUAGAUUAUUAACCACUCCAUC